UUCCCACAUCUAGGCCCUUCUAUCACACAAUAUCCAAUACAUCCUUGGGGAAUAUAAUUGUGAAUCACGUGGACAUGACCGAGAGUGUGUGGGGGGUUUGUUGGAUGAGAAAUGGUCAUUUGUAUUGACCAACACACCGAGCUGACCACUGCAGAAGAGAGAGAGGAGGAAAAGGCUUUGCAAGAAAGAAAGAAAGACACCAGGAGUAAACUGGCCCACAAACAUGGCAGAAGGAGUGUGUAAGCCCGAGGAGGAUGAAGGACCGUGCACCGAGGAGGACUGCCAGUCUUUCCACGGAGUCGGCGUGUGCAAAUGGUUCAACGUCCGCAUGGGCUUCGGGUUCCUGUCCAUGACGGACCGAGAGGGAGUGCCUCUGGAAGAACCGGUCGACGUAUUUGUCCAUCAGAGCAAGUUGCACAUGGAGGGCUUCCGCAGCCUGAAGGAAGGCGAAGCGGUCGAUUUUAGCUUCAAGAAGUCAUCAAAGGGCCUGGAGUCGCAGCAAGUUACCGGGCCCGAUGGCAUCCACUGUGUGGGCAGCGAGAGGAGACCCAAAGGCAAGAAGGUCCAGAAGCGACGCUCAAAGGGAGAUAGGUGCUAUAACUGUGGAGACCUGGACCACCAUGCCAAAGAGUGCAAGUUGCCACCCCAGCCCAAGAAGUGCCAUUUCUGCCAGAGCAUCGACCACAUGGUUGCCAACUGCCCAAUCAAAGCACAACAGUCGUCGCCAGGAUCUCAGGAAAAACCGUCCCCCUCGAAAGGAGACAACGUGGAGCAGGAGGAGGAGCACAGCCUCGCGGCACCCCCUCCCGAAGCCUCUGAUUAGGCGAGUUAUCGGGGAAGGGCAGAGGCCAAUCAAACUGCUUCGAUGGUGAGACGGGACACGUGGAUCCCCUUCCACCUGUCGAAGCUGCUUUUGAAACUACCUCAGGUUAAAAAAAAAAAAAAUGCUGAUGAAGAAUGUUGCUAAAGUUUUUGUUGAUUUGUUUUACGUUGGUGUAACACUCAGGAAUACUGCUGUAUUAUUGCACUCAGGACGCUUUCUAAAUGUUCGAAUCACUGCUGUUUGAGGCGUUGAGAUUGUAGUGCCAUAUAACAGAUUAUCUUUUUUAAGUAGAAUCUGUUUUGUUUUUAUGUGAAACUGCCCUUACAGUGGGUGGUCUACCUCAUUUUUUUUGCGUAAUACUCAGUAAGUGUGUUUAAGUAUUAGAGUUACACUUUUGCUGCCUUACCAAUUAGUCUCCUUCCUGACUGUUACACCUGACUAUCCGACAAGGCAGAGACUUUAAAGUUGGGACCUCUGUAAUGAAUGUUACUUUGCAUAUCGCAUGGGGAGAGGGAGGGUUUGUGAAAACAUAUGGGAUGGGUUUUACGGUAUAGCUUUAGGCAAUGUAUUGGCGUAUGUCAAUAUUGCAAUCGACCAUCCAGUGAUCCUGGGGCGAAAUGAAUGUCAGACCAGAAGUGGUUUUUCAAACUGUCGGUCAGAUUCAUUUUUUUGUCAUUUUCAUUAUUUUCGUCCAGCCUUUUGCUGGCUGUCUAAAUGUGCCGAUCUACCUCAUGGUCUGCUACCAAAACUCAUUCUAACUGCUGAUGGUAAACCAAAUAUUCUCAUAAUACAGCUUUGGAGAUUAUUGGGAUGAAAUCAAAUCCUUUUUGCACUACAGUAUUUACACAGAAUUUCCACUAAAAUGAAUAAAAACCCAAUUAAGGAUGAACUUAACACCUUUCCUAAAACAUGUUAAUGUCAGGUUUGGGAAAAAUAGAGAAUAUGAUGGGCACAUCAAUUUAGAUAAUUACGAUAACAAAUUUGGUCAACACGGUUUAACAAGGAAAGUCCGUUUUCUUUUGUAGGCCGGCCCUCAAUUAGUCUAGUUUCUCUUUUAUGUUUCCGGGAGCUUAAUUAAUUUCCAUCAAUGGCUGAAUGAGCUCUCUUCUUGAUACUUGAAUAAAAUUAGGCAGAAUCAAACAGGAUGUCGCCAGUGGGAUGGCUGGUGUUUUGUUUAUAUUCAGUGUGAUUCAUUUCUAGGUAGUUAUUUAAGACAUUACCUCCCUAUGACCCUUAGGAGGGUUAUAGCUCAGGAACACCAAGCCUGCACGGAGGAGCAUGUAGAACUAGCUAGCGACUCGGCGAUUUACUCCCGUUCUACAGGAGACGCUGACACGACUUUUACACCGAAUUAAUAUAUAUGUGAAAUUAUUCUAAAGCCUUUUUAAAAAGUCAUUCUACUUAUUUAUUUUCAUCCAAGAGUGCUGCAGCUUCCCCCUUCUGCUCCUGUUGAAGCCUCUCAGCAACCAAAUGUCAUUCAAAGCUAUAUGUGACAUGAGAAUAUAUUUGGGUAACACAUUUUAACAACCAGGUACUUGUAUUGCUGUGUACAAAAGUGCUUGAUAAAUCAUUGUCCUUAACAAUAGUUCAAAGCCGUAUUGAACAGUAAUAUAUUGCAACGCACAAGUAACAUUAUACAGUCAAUUCUGUGCAGGUACAUAGUAUUAUGAGGAGUGACGGUAACUGAGUUUGUUUUUUUUUGCCUUGUAUGAUUUUUCUUUUUUAAAUUCUUUGUUUUUUGUUCACAAUGAGCCUCUCGGAAGAGAGCCCCGUUGUUAUUCUUAUCUAUGCCAAAACCAAUGCAAUGUUACUCUGCACUAAUCAUGUGUAAGAUGCAUUAAUUAAUUUUUGUAUUCAUUUCAAUCUUUACUUUCAAAUAUAUGUUGCAUAUUUUAUAUUGUAUUUUUUUAGAUUUUCAUAUACCACAUACAGUCAGUCGCUGGUUGGUUGAAAUAAAUAAAAAACCCACUCUUAGGCUCACCUCAGGAAUUGCCAAUCUGAAAACUCAGGGAAUGCUUCAGAUUGCUUAGAAGGAGUCGAGGAGUGUUUAUUCAGGAAAAAGUAGAAACCGAAUGUUCAUCCGCACGAUGUGAAGCGUAUGAUAAAGAUGCCAAAGUAAAAAGGGGUUUUUCGUAAUAUGAUGGUGCAACAAUUUUGUUUGACCUUUUUAAGAAAAAAAUAACUAGGAUUGUGGCCCAAAAUUCAAUAAUUUGUGAAAUGGUCACGUUGAAAUUUUUAUGCGUGACUUUUAUACUUUGUCAUCUUUCCAUGCCUCCCGUGUGAUGAUGAUCUUUAUAUUUUCUCCUCUUUGACCUAACCUGCCGUGAUAUGACAUGAUAUGAAGAAAAAUGUUCCACUAUUAUUGUAUUUUUUUCCUCUAUAAUCGUUGUAGAUGGGGAUGUAGUAGAAUAUUGUAACAGGGAUGGGGGCUAGUAGUAUAUAAUCUGGGGUUGUCUCAUCUCAACACAUGGCCAAGACUUUAGUGUUUCAGACUAUCAAUGCUUAAGACAAAAAGAAUGUGUCAUGGAUGAAAACUCAAAAAAACGUUCCUACUCUGCUGUUAGGUGAUGAUAUAUAUAUACGUUUAAUACCUGAUUUAAAAAAAAAAUAAAAAACAGUUUUGAAGACUACACUCAGGAUUUGAUUGACAGAAAGAUUGUUAAAGUGCUCUGAUUAGAUAGAACGGUUUACAUUUCUGUCUAUUUUUAUGUUGAAAUGACCUUUUAUGAUUGCAGUGCCAGUAUUUUCUCUAACUUGAACACUUUACUUUCUCUCCAUUUAAAAAGGGACAUACAUGGAUGACUUUGUGAUCAAUCUGUAACUAACUUUGUUUAAAAUCCCCGAAACCACUGACUGUCAAACUUGGAUUCUGACACCCACUACUUUGAUAAAGGUUGAAUGAAAGUGUUGUAUUGUAAUGUUUGCAACAUUCUGCUGAACUUAGUGGUGUUUUCAAAGUAUCAUUUGGAAACUAAUCCAUUAGAAGUAAGUCCGUUCUGACUGCAACAAACCUGUUUGACCCCUCAGUGGUGUGUGAUUGUGAUUUCAAUGUGGGAUGUUUAAUGGGUCAGAUAUACCUUGAAAAUCCAAGGAUUUGUAAGACUAUGUGCUCAGGGAGACAUUUGAAGCACAUCGAAGCAUCCUGUACCACAGUUUGCGCUAUGUGUGCUUUUCAUGGUACAUCUUGUUUGUGACCAUCAGCCAUUAAUCUGUGGUGUUGUAUUUUAUAAGAUUAUUGGCUAGAGCUACUUCCAAAAAAUAUGUGCAUUUAUUACUGAUGAUUGUAUCAAUGUUUACUGCCAUGAAACUACGUCUAUCUUGAUCUAUCUUAUGUUGAUUUAAUGGCUAAUUUGUCAAUGAUGAGCAGCAUGUAGGCUUUUCAAAGUAUUACUGUGAUUACGUUUCUAUAUGUAAAGAUCUGCUCCAUUUCCUAGUAAAUAUAUCAAUAUUCA